CUGCUCCAACACCACUCGGCCCUUCCUUUGUUAUUACUUUAUUCGGGAACAAAAUGGAGAUUUUAAUAGUGAUUUCGGUCCUACUGAUGAGCACGUGUUCUCAAGGUGCUAUAGAUCUGGUUCUGGACGAAUGCUGUUUAGUAGGGUCUAACUGGGCAGGAGAGCGAAACCAGAGGUGUGACACCUAUCCUACAGCAGUUGAAGGCAUCAGUCCAGACGACCAAAGCGAGUGCCGUGCUAUUCUCGAAGUCUGUUGCAUGAAAGCAAAACAGAAACAGCAGUGUGAUCGAGGUCAUCAAGAUGCUUUGGAAUACCCCUUGUGUACAUCUCGGAAUGUGUUUGGAGCGGAACAGUAUCUGGAAUGUUGUCACUGCUGUCAUCUGGGCGUUGCACACCGUGAAGCGGGCGGUGAUUGUAACUAUCUAUCUGACGUCGGUUUUGGUGGACCAUGUGAUCAGAAAUUCAAAGAAUGUUGUAUUGGAACAGUCAACAAGACAGUUGAUAACGACAUCGACGAAUGUGAGUUACAUCCGGGUGUGUUGUGUAGUCACCGGUGCGUAAAUACGUUGGGCAGCUACCGCUGUGAAUGUGAACCUGGAUAUACCCUGCAUGAUGACGCCAGCACGUGCAUAUUAGAUGACAACGGAAUAAAUUGUUCUGUGUACAAUCCUUGUGAGCACCGUUGUGUUGAUGAUACUGCUGGUGUACGAUGUCAGUGUAACCGAGGCUACCGACUUGACGAGGACGGAGUGUCAUGUCAAGACAAUGACGAGUGUGUUCUUGGGACGUCUAACUGUCCCGGUGACACCAGAUGUGUAAACACAGACGGCGGAUUUAGCUGUGAACCCGUCAAUGCGCCUGUCAGUGAAUGUCCGGACGGCAUGGAAUAUGAUAUUGCUUCUGGUGAAUGCCAAAGAAAACUGACUCAAACGUGUGACCCUGGAUUUGCUUACAACACGGUGUCCAUGACCUGCGACGACUUGGACGAAUGCACUGUAUUCCUCCAUAACUGUUAUGGUGUCCACAUGCUGUGUGUCAAUACACCCGGUAGUUUUACCUGCCGCUGUGAUGAAGGCUUCUUAUACAACAACCUCUCUAUGACAUGCCAGGAUAUAAACGAAUGUGCGGAGAACAUCAACACUUGUGACUCGACCCAGCGUUGUGAGAAUACCAUUGGGUCAUUUCGAUGUGGACGCCUCCUUGGCUGCGGGACCGGCUACACUUUAGACGCGGACACCCAACAAUGUGUCGAUCGGGACGAAUGCGCCUUGGAGAUUCAUAACUGUGGUUCCGGAUAUAACUGUAUCAACAUCCAGGGGUCCUUUCGGUGUGUGCCGCUGCAGUGUCAGUUCGGAUACCGCUUUUCAUCUGCUCUUGGUCGAUGUGAACCUAUUAACUGUCGGCGUGGAUUGGAACCAAACAGGCGAGGAACCUGCGUAGAUAUAAACGAAUGUGAACGUCCCAACACUUGUAGGCGGACAGAGGUAUGUAAGAACACGUACGGGUCGUAUCGUUGUCGAAGUAAGUUGGACUGUCAACCUGGACAUGAAGUGGACCCUAAUACUCAGAUCUGUGUCGACAUUGACGAGUGCAGCAGAAAUUUACAUGACUGUAAACAGAACCAGAGGUGCAUUAAUCGUCCCGGAAGCUACAUCUGUGACUGUCCAAAUGGAUAUAGACUUGACCAGAACGGUAACUGUGAAGACGUUAACGAGUGUAGGGAUAACUUUGUAUGUCCGUUCGACUCUGUGUGUGAGAACUCUCCCGGAAGUUAUCGAUGUCGCUGUAAUGACGGUCUAAAGUCUGAAGGCAGACGAUGUGUAGAUAUCAACGAGUGUGAAGACCCUAACAUUUGUCAGUACCGCUGUUUGAACGUGUACGGGUCAUUCCAUUGCCAGUGUAGAAGUGGAUACCAGCUUGCUGCCGAUAAACGUAGCUGUGAAGACAUCGAUGAAUGUACACAGUUUGGAGGUCGUCAUCGGCUGUGUGGUGGUCACUGUAUCAAUACACCGGGAUCCUACCACUGUGAAUGUCCCGACGGUUGGACAUCCUAUGGCAGAGGUCAGGCUUGCAGGGACGUCGAUGAAUGUCAACGGCCGGGUAUAUGUGGACAGGAUAGAAUGUGUUUUAACACCAAAGGAAGCUACAAAUGUCCUAACGUUGUGUGCCCACCUGGUUUCGUGAAGACAACGCUUGGACCACGCCGUAACAGUGUCAGAUGUAAACGUAUAGAUUUCAAUUGUGACCAGAAUGACAACGAAUGUAGGAACUUGCCGUUCUCUCUAUCUUACAACUUCCUGACUUUCCCAACCUAUGUCAAGGUUCCGGCGGACUUGUUUGCAAUGUCAGGUCCCCAGUCGCUGGAUAAGAAAUAUACAUGGGAUCUCGAGGUAGUCGACGUUCGGCCACUCAGGGCUGGUAUCAGUGAAGUCAACCGUGGCUACUUUUCUCUUAGAGAAAGCAAUAACGAGGCUACAGUGACCUUGACUUACGGCAUCCCUGGUCCACAGGAUAUCCAACUCAAACUGACAAUGAAUAUGCUGAAUCGAGAAACUAAUGCCUACAUUGGAAAAGCCGUAUCAAAGAUAUACCUUUACAUCACAAGCAAAGGUUUAAUGAGGGGAUGAUACACAUCUCGAUGACAUAUCACUGUAGAAUUGUCAUUCUUGACAUCUUGUUAUCAAGUUAAAACAUAUUUUCUUCAACAAAAUUUUCUUUUCCGGGAUCAUGAUGUCACGAAUUGACUUUAGAGAGAAGGAAACUUCAACCUCUAUGUUUGGUAACUGUCAUAUAUCUUUUUUGUGAUUAAGCAUAAAGUUUCAUGCAGUAUGAUGACGGAAACUAAUAGGACGACUUUUGUUUGAGCGAAUAUUGCAUAUAAUACUUCAGAUAUUUAAUUGGAUUGCAGUUUGAUAGUCUUGUUGCUCCGUUUUGACUAAUUUAUGAAUUGAAAUGAAUUGAUAAUCACUCAUGUAUGUCAUGAAAAGCAAUGAAAUAUAUCAGUGUCUAUUACAAA